AUGUCAUUAAUUGCGUUUGGACUAAAAUUAGAACAAUUUAUAUUCACCGUCUACAUUAAUAUGGUAACAGAAAGAAUGACACUUGUGAAUGAUGCAUUAAACACAUGGAACGAGGAUGGAAAUUUGAAACAAAAAAACAUAUAUUAUAUUGGACGUACCAGUUUUAGUAUUAAGUUCGUAUCAAUAUCUUUUAAUUUAAUUGAAGAAUUAAUGUUGAACUUGAUUGAAACAAUGCUAACUAUUACUGUGUUCCAAACAUUGAUAUCAAAUUUUUGCUAUAUUGUAUUCGCUAUUUGGACUUAUAUUUAUUAUUAUCGCAUUUUAAAAGAUUCCCAAUUUCUGUUCAGAAUGAUUGUGUGGUCUGCGAAUGAAUUUGUAUCUGUUAUUCUCAUUUGCUAUGUGUGUGACAAUCUUCUUACGAAACGUAAUGAAACAAAAAUUCUGGCCAAUAAGAUUGUUAUGAAUUAUGAUUUACCAAAAGAAGCUCGUGUCCAAGCUAAGACUUUGAUAGAAGUUGUGAAUGCUUGUCCAUUGAAAAUCGAUAUUUAUGGAAUGUUUGAUGUAAAUAUCACACUUAUACUGAAGUUUAUAAGUGUGGUUACAACUUGUUUAAUUUUUCUUGUUCAAAUGUCUCACUUUGUCUAG